AUGGCGGCACCCGCCCAGCAGCAGGAGCAGGAGCAGGAGGAGCCGCCCAACGUGGCGCGGCUGGCCUUCAACUGCAAGUGCGAGAGAACCAACCCCGGCGAAAGUGUUAACGUGAGGAUAACCAGCCCGGACGACAGAAACCUCUUCCGGGUGAGCUGGGGAGGGCAGGGAGACCCUCCUUCUGCGUCAUGAUGGCCAUGAGACACGGUUGGUGUGCUCCUGCAGGCUGUGCGGCUCACCACAACUCCUGUGGCGUGGCCCCAAUGGAAGUCAAGUCUGCUUGACUUUGACACUCAGGCAAGCGACAGGAGAUGGCCACGUUCGGCUUGGGGCCGGGUUCACAGAAAGGUCUUUGGCCUGGCUGCAGGAUGCCCUCAACCUCAACUACAAGUAUUUCUUGCAGAAUGACGUGGGGGACCACCGGCGCGAGGAGGUGAGAAGGUCGAGGGACAACCAUGCAUGUCGACAGACAGGCAGUCUUUCUUUCGCCCAUCUCUCUGCUCUGUGUGCGCAGGGGGGAUUGGACUGGGUUCCCGCGAGAGCACUCAAUGAGGUCGGUUUCUGUUUCUAUCAGCUCGAUUGUUUGUUCGUUGCGGUCAUUGAUUCUUUCCAUGUGUGUCAGACGGGCGGUAGCGUUCGUGCCGUGUGUCUCGUGCGCGGCUACAAGACCGUUAUGCACGACGUCUGGGGCGACCCUGAAGAGACUCGCGUCGAUGUCGUCGAAAUGCCCAGAAACGUACGCACCGAGCCACCAAACCAAUAUGCAACCGCCCAUUGCCCCCGCAACCGGAAUCGGUGUGUGUCGCCUUCCAUACCUGCCUCCCUCCCUCCCUGUGUGUGUGUGUGUGUGUCUGUCUGUGUCCUGUCUCCAUUCUGCUGACUCAUUCAGUAUGGCCAGCCGCCGCCCCCGCGCCCUGCGCCAGUGCAGGCGGUCCGCGACAUACGAGUUCUCAACGAAAUCAUGGCAGAUCUACGCAACCACCGAAACAACCAAAACGCCGGGGAAGCCAACCGAGGUGGCGGAGCGCGGGCACUGCUCCAACCUCCCCAGCCACAGCCACAGCCGCAGCUGAUUCCCCGGCCCCAGCCUGCCGUCGCUGAUGCCCCAGCUGCGGCCGCUGCUGCUGCUGCUCCAGCUGCGGCCGCUGCCCGGGAUGUUGAUGCCCGGAAUGCUGCAGCCCGGGCUGCCGCUGCCCGGGCUGCUGCUGCCCGGGCUGCUGCUGCCCCGGCCGCUGCUGCCGCUGCCCCGGCUGCUGCUGCCGCUGCUUCGCCGGCGUCAUCCUGCUCGUCGUUUGAAUCCGCUGCCUCGUCAAGGCCCUCGUCGGCCACCCACUGCAAGCGGCCCCCUGCUGAGUCAGAGGAGGCCAAGGGCGCCAAGAAAACCAUGAACGAGUCGCCCAGCCGCGGCGAGCUCAGGACGGCCCUGGCGGGGGGCAGUAUGCUGGCGCGGGAUGUGGUGGAGGGCCUGCCACUGGAGAUCGUCAAGGUGGGUGGAUGUGUGGAUGUGUUGGUGUCUCCUUAGUAGGUGAUGUCUCGCCCAUUUUGUGUGGUGCUGGGAAUGAAUGGCAUAUGGAUGCAGGAAGUGUUGGCUGAGCGUAACAAGGAGGUGGAGAUGCUCAGCACCAUCGUGGGCAAGAAGGAGUACGAGCAGUCCAACAUGUGCGUUGUCUGCAUGGAAGCACGCAAGGAGGUCGUCCUUCUGCCGGUAGGUACUACACAUCGUGCGUGUGCCCUCUUGGCUUUUCUGCGCAUAAUCGAUGUAGGCCUUUCUGUCCGUUCACCUGCAGUGUCGGCACCAGUGCAUCUGCCGGGACUGCGCUAACAAGUUGCGGCAGGGUCCGGCGUCCUGGAAGUGCCCCAUGUGUCAGCAGAUGGCCAACGAGAUCAUCGUAAGUGAACUCCUCGACGCAGGCGCGAGCCUCCGAAAGCGUUUUCUUUGCUUUUAACAGGUAGUGUUCAUCCCCUGACUGACCGAGCCAUCCAUCGGCACAUACAUGGAGCAUUCACUAUCAUACACCACGCAGAGGGAGAGGGGGGCCACUCAUUCUGCAUGCCUAUACUCGAUUUUUAGCCAUCAGGUUGCAUAACACCAAGAUUUUGGCCAUACGAGACAAUUGGGAGAGGGCAGGGAGGCAGCCUCAGGGGAGGGGAGGGGAGCGAAGAGUGGGGUGAGGGACACAAUGCAGUCGGGAGCACCACAAGGAUGCGACUGGUCUCACACUCGUACAUGAAUGAGUUGGAGGGAGACAUCGAGAUACUGUGUAAUCAGACUGCCGGUGAGUCUCAAAGAUAAAAACGCG